GGGAGGAGAGGGGAGGAGAGAGGGGAGUGUUGCAGGCGCCCGAGCGGAGCUGGGCCGGCCAGGCGGGCGGGGAGGAGGAGGAGGAGCCGGGCGGGCUGGCGGGCGGCCGGGUGGCGGCGGCGGCAUGGCGGAGCCGAGCGGGGCCGAAACGAGGCCCCCCAUUCGGGUCACCGUCAAGACCCCCAAGGACAAGGAGGAAAUUGUGAUCUGCGACCGAGCCUCGGUCAAAGAGUUCAAAGAGGAAAUCUCCCGGAAGUUUAAGGCUCAGCAGGAUCAGCUCGUCCUGAUCUUCGCAGGCAAGAUCCUCAAGGAUGGGGACACACUGAACCAGCAUGGAAUCAAGGAUGGGCUCACUGUCCAUCUGGUUAUCAAGACCCCUCAGAAGGCUCAAGAUCCAGCUGUUGCCACUGCUUCUUCCCCCUCCACUCCUGACCCUGCCUCAGCACCCUCCACCACGCCUGCUUCACCCACCACCCCUGCCCAGCCCUCUACCUCUGGCAGUGCCAUUUCGGAUGCCGGCAGUGGAAGCCGGAGGAGCAGUGGGGGGGGUCCCUCCCCAGGGGCUGGGGAGGGACCCCCCAGUGCUACUGCAUCCAUACUCUCUGGCUUUGGGGGCAUCCUGGGGCUGGGCAGCCUGGGCCUGGGCUCUGCAAACUUCAUGGAGCUGCAGCAGCAGAUGCAGAGGCAGCUGAUGUCCAAUCCUGAGAUGCUGUCACAGAUCAUGGAGAACCCCCUGGUCCAGGAUAUGAUGUCUAACCCUGACCUGAUGCGCCACAUGAUCAUGGCCAACCCCCAGAUGCAGCAGCUGAUGGAGCGGAACCCUGAGAUCAGCCACAUGCUCAACAACCCUGAGCUCAUGAGGCAGACAAUGGAGCUUGCUCGGAAUCCAGCCAUGAUGCAAGAGAUGAUGCGGAACCAGGACCGAGCCCUGAGCAACCUUGAGAGCAUCCCUGGAGGGUAUAACGCCCUCCGCCGAAUGUACACAGACAUCCAGGAGCCCAUGUUCAGUGCUGCCCGGGAACAGUUUGGCAACAAUCCAUUCUCUUCCCUGGCCGGGAACUCCGACAGCACGUCCUCCCAGCCUCUGCGGACUGAGAAUCGAGAGCCCCUCCCUAACCCCUGGAGCCCCUCGCCCCCCACCUCCCAGGCCCCCGGGUCCGGUGGGGAGGGCACCGGAGGAUCGGGGACCAGCCAGGUGCACCCGACAGUCUCGAACCCCUUUGGGAUCAAUGCGGCUAGCCUGGGGUCAGGGAUGUUCAACAGUCCAGAAAUGCAGGCCCUCCUCCAGCAGAUCUCUGAGAACCCCCAGCUGAUGCAGAAUGUGAUCUCAGCCCCCUACAUGCGCAGCAUGAUGCAGACGCUUGCCCAAAACCCUGACUUUGCUGCUCAGAUGAUGGUGAACGUGCCGCUCUUCGCGGGGAACCCCCAACUGCAGGAGCAGCUCCGCCUGCAGCUUCCGGUCUUCCUACAGCAAAUGCAGAACCCAGAGUCACUUUCCAUCCUUACCAAUCCCCGAGCCAUGCAGGCAUUGCUGCAGAUCCAGCAGGGACUGCAGACCUUACAGACUGAGGCCCCUGGGCUGGUACCCAGCCUUGGCUCCUUUGGGAUGUCCCGGACCCCAGCAUCCUCAGCAGGCAGCAACACCGGCUCUGCACCUGAGGCCCCCACCUCCUCGCCAGCCACACCGGCCACAUCUUCUCCAACAGGGGCUUCCAACGCCCAGCAGCAGCUCAUGCAGCAGAUGAUACAGCUUUUGGCUGGAAGCGGAAACUCCCAGGUGCAGACGCCAGAAGUGAGAUUUCAGCAGCAACUGGAGCAGCUCAACUCCAUGGGCUUCAUCAAUCGUGAGGCCAACCUACAGGCCCUGAUUGCCACAGGAGGGGACAUCAACGCAGCCAUCGAGAGACUCCUGGGCUCCCAGCUCUCCUAACCCCUCAAUCCAUGCCUCCUGCCUCUCCCCUCCCUUACCCUCUGCAGCUUGUUGUCCCUUCUGUCUUCUUUAUCCUCUCCAAACAGCUGAUGACUUUAGAGGAAUGGGCCCCCACCCCUAGCUCUGUUUGAGAAUUAUGGUUUUACUGCUACAUCUCUAACAGAAUCUUCUCUCCUGGUCCUCCUUGAGCAGAGCUAUUUAAGCAAUUUUCAGUUUUGUUGAUUGGCUCCACCUCCUUGCCCCACCCAACCUUUUGUAUCUUCAGACUUCUCAGUGGCAGUGCAGAGUUGAAGGAGGAACCAACUCUGGUUUACUGGAACAGUCUUCCAUCUGUACCACUAGAGUUUUUCUUGUCUGUGUUUACUUUUGAUAACUCUCCUCCUUCUUUUUCUACCCCCACCCCCAAUCCCAGCCCAACCAAUGCUAGAAUUUCACACUCAUGAAGGAGAGGCAGGGAAAAGAGGCUGUGAUCUUCCUCCUUAGCUCCUAUCUGGUCACUUCAUCCAGCACUUUUUCAUGGGCUCUGUUGGGACUUCCAGCGUGAGGAGGAAGAUGACUAUUCUCCCUUUCUGAGGGGACAGAUGAAAUGCAGCUCUCUAGCCAGGAAUUAACAAGCCCUUGACCAGCCCAGUGGAGAUUGGUGUGGAAGAAGAGGGAAUGAGAUUUUGGGGGGAAGGAAAUGGGGGAGAUGGCAUGAGUUAAAGGCUUGGAAGUUGGAAUUGAGAGCUAGGGAGUGGAAGCUCUGAUAGCUCUUUUAGGCAGGAGAGGCCUGGCAGAACAGACUUAGAGAUGCUAAUGGAACUUGAAUUGAAGAAAGGGGGCUCAGUGAAGCUAAGCAAUAUGACCCACAAGGCUCAUGUUAGCUCCAUUUCCUCAAACACAUGCUUAUAUGCACACACACACGUUUCCAUGGACCCAGGACCUGCCUCUGUCCCCAGGCACCAGUAAUUUGAGCACCCCUCAAAAGGCAUGAAGCGGGGUGAGGUCUGUCUUAGCAGUGGUGAAGUGUAUGUGUGCACACGUGUGCAUGCACAUGUAAGCUGGGUGGGGAGUGGCUUGUUGGUUUCUGGUUUGGAGCUCUCUCCCACCAGGGACAAGUGGGUAAAGGGCCAGUCCAGAGCGGGAAUACAUACAUCCAGGAAAGCUAGCUCCCUUGGGCCUCUGGAUGCUGGGCACCCCACAGGAAGUGUGGGUGCCUUUCUUAAGCUUUCAGGGAGGGCUGUGACCAGCGCCCUUGUAGCCCCUCACUGCUUUGGGGAAAUAGUACAAGGGUUUUUCCCUCAGAGCCCCUGGCCUUUGCCAUCCUGACCCCUGCCUUUAGUUCUUCACUAUUUCCCACGAGGCCAGAAAGUUCUAUUUCAGGAAGGAGAGGAGAGGGUGGCAAUGAAGCCUUUGAUCUGGAAUUGGACAUUGCUCUAUUGGAGCACAGAGGAGGCUCAUAUCACCUCUUCCCUCUGCUACUUGGCCCAGCUGCUUGGAGGACCCCACAGCUGAGAAUAUGGAGGCAAGAGGAACAGAUUUUGCUCCAAGUGGGGAAGGGUCCCAAGCAGUCCAGAGAGGAUAUCUGUGUGGCUUUCCCUCCCUGCCUCCCCCAACUCCCACACUGGCCUUUGUAAAUAAAUGGUGUGGUCUUGUUGUGA